AUGGCAAACCUCCUUGCACUUCCGGCGGAGGUAUUGCGCGAGAUCCUCAUACACGCUGUCAACAUCCGAGGUCUGAAGCGAGGAUUAAAAUUGAGGCUCGUGAACAAGGAGUUCUCUCAGCAAGUGCACAAUGCGCUUCAGGAAUCGGAGCUACUGGACGAUGUCCACGGGUAUCGCUUUGGCUUCCCCAACUCGCCGGAGUUCGUUGCAUUUUGGCAACCCUUCCUCACCAACAAGAUCAUAGGGAAGAAAUGGGUCCAUGUGGAGAUAUGCGAACGCAUAUACCGCGCCGCCGAGCGUCUACGCCAGAUGAGCCAUCCCCAGGAGACCAAUGAAAAAACACUGCACACAAUCUUGCGACGGUAUAUCCAUACCUUCUGUCGUGAUGCUUGGAGCGUACUAGCGAGAGCACGUUCUAAAUAUCCAAUUCAGUGUCGGAUGUACGAUCAAGCAUGCCUUCUGAAGAUGGCCAUACUCAACGAUUGUCCAGAAGGGCUGAACUCUUUACUCAAUGACCCCAUCUUGGACGAGGUUAUUUCGCACUGUCUCAGUCCAUGGUCGAAUCCGUGCGGGACGCGUGAGAAUGGGCGCAAUACGAACCACUGUAAAGAAAACCUUGUGUCGCUUGCCGCUGGGAACGGUAACAUGGCAUUGCUCGAGAAAAUCUUUUUGCAUUCGAGGUUCCAAGAACGCUCAGUAUAUCAUCGACAUGAAGCCUUCGGGGCUGCGUUGCGAGGGGGUCAUCUGGACGUUGUAAGGUUCAUCAUGGAACCUCGUUGGGACUUACCCGACGAGUUAUUGUGCAAUUACAUCAUGAACGAGAAUUUAUUGCUGAACGGAGUCUUGAAAAGCCCAUCGGUCGAUUUCGUCACCCAGCUCUUUGAUCUGAUAGCCUCUCGACCCGAGAAAGACCAUGGAAUCGAAGCCAUCCAUCCUGGACACGACACGCUUUUGGGCCUUGUCGCAGGUGCCAGCCCGCAAAGGGUCGACGUGGCGAAAAAACUUCUCGAGCAAGGCGCUUUGGUUAAGCAAAAGGCGCGUGUCAAGAGACGACGAGCCGACGCCUCCUUCACUGGACCUGACAAUUCGCUUGAACAAGCCAUUAAAGGUGGCAAUGAGGAAAUCGUUCGUCUGCUUCUGAGUCAUAAUGCGGAUGCCAGGGUCGUUGGCCAUGAUGCUCUGGAAGUAGCUGUAAAACGAGGGCGUCUGGAUAUAGUGCGCAUGUUGAUAGAGAAUGGUGCACGUGUCACACCAAGGCUUCCAUCGACUGGUCGCAAGGAGCACUGGAGAUGGACAGAAGACAGGCUAAUGGCGCACGCCGUGCUGACUGAGAGUGAGACUCUGUGCCGAUAUUUGGUUGAACAUGGAGCUAUCGUCAAUGAACAUGCCUUGUGGGCGGCAGCCGAUGCGUCGCUGGUAUCAAUGGUCCGGUUCCUGGUCGACGUUGGGGCCGAGAUCAAUGAACAGAUGAUCGAGCGCGCGAAGCGCUACAGUCAUCCGGAGGUUGCGACCAUACUGCAGGCACAUCGCAACAGCAGCUGA